GCCUAUUGCGUCCCUUCCCGCUGCCGAACUAUGCAAACCAAAGUCAGCCAUCAAUGCCACUUUGAUGUUUUCGGGGCCCGUCAAACAGGCAUCAAGGUAGGGUACGCAGGGCAUGACCAAAUCCAAGAACACGACAAUAUGCCUCGUUCAACAGUCGAGUCCGAGUACACAUUUGUGAAUUUGACGGAUAACCCAGCCAAAGGCAGAGAUGAACGGCGCACAUUUGUCCGUCAGACGGUCAUGUCAGACUACCACAAACGCCGGCGAAAGAAGGACCACAACCCUGGAGACACGUCUAUGAGAGACUCACCAGCACGACCCACAAUCAUUGAAUACGACAGGAGCUCCUGCAGCUCAGGCUCACAGACAGAGCUGGAAUCAGAGCAAGCCACAAAUGGCGCGUGCAGGGCAGAUGAGGCGGCCCAGGGUAGUUCCAUGUUGCUGGGGCCGAGAUCACUGUAUCUGUUCCAACCAAAGCUCUGGUCCGAGUCCGAAAGCUCUCAGAUCAGCCACCUGAUCGUGAGGUUUCUCUGUGGCCAGCCAAUCAAGGCCGCGCACGACUUGUCGUAUGCCAUCUUUGUCCACCGGCAUUUCAAGGAUGCACAACAUGUCGGGGCCGGCAGCAGCAGCAGCAGUCACCCCUUGACGGCCUGUGCCGAGCUCCUUCACACCUUCGUCGCUGCCACACCGUCCACGUCCAUGGAUUAUCCUGCAUUAUGGGCGAGGGUCCACGAGCAACAAGAGUGGAUUUACGCCCAGACCGAUAAUUUCACCAAGUGGGAACUACUAUCAGCCGCCCAAGCAAGCAGCCUAUAUAUGCUCUUGUGGCUUCGAUUAGGCGGCAGCCAGGGCCACUUCCCUGAUGGCGGCCUUGCUCUGCUGUACACUCUUGGGAACAUCUUUAAAUACCUUCUUGGUCGCCAUUUGAAGACUGAUGCAAAAUUGAUACCAACCAUGCUUCCACCUAACAAGUGGCACGACUGGAUCUUUCAAGAAUCGUGCCUUCGCGUGUCAGCGGUCUACUUCAUUCUGGCCAUCGUCGUCAGUAUGGAUAUUGGGCUGGCUUGCCACUGGCCCAUUGAGAGGGUGCCACUUCCCGCCACGAAGGCCCUCUGGGAGGCAGACAGCGAGGCCGCGUGGAUGAGUGUCUUUCGGGUGACGGAAGGCGCCGGCGACCGGUUAAUGUUUGGCGAUCUGCUUGUCGCACCAGGUCACCACCGGCAACGCGCGGAGGCCUGGGAGGAGGAAGCUGAUGAGCUUGGAUUCAUCAUCGCCCUAGCGAGUCGCCUGCACAGUCGGGUUUAACGGGUCCACGGGCGCAUUUAGAUGGCCGUCCCAGGGAAGAAGUCGGCAAUAGCGGGCAUUACACAAGGGUGCUCUUGCAAGGUCUCCAUAGUGGCUCCACUGGAUGCAACGGCGGGCUGCUGAUUGAGCAACGUCCGAAAAGGGCAAGUCAUCAGUGUGGGGCUUCAACCCAACCAGGCAGUACAUGUACGACUUGAGCACCAAAAAUAUGGCGGGCACGAGAACUGAGCUAGCCAGGCAAAGCAGUCUUCGUAAUUUUGCGGCUGAGAAAGCAACAUAGCUUCAAGGAGAUGGGAGAAGCAUAAGACGGGAAACAUGGCUUGCCACGGUUGCCAUCAGCUUGCGCAUUCAUAUAUAAGCAGAUGGCUCCGCUGAUGGGAAUUGGCUCUCCAUGACCACAGGACACAAUAAAAAAGAACCUCCA